AUGGACAUAUAUUCUCCUUCAGACAUCUUCCUCGAUAUCGAGCUGAGCUCGCCCUCAUCCUUUCCGGAAGACAGCGAUCUUCCGUAUCCAGUCAAUUUCGAGCACGGCAAUGCUGCCGCUGCAAAGCCCCAUUAUCGUUUUAAUCGCCCUCCUGAUUUCUCAAUGGACGCAUUCGACCUCGACCUUGGAGCUCUCUUCCCCUCCCUCGGCAGCAGCCGGCCCAACGCUGUCCAAGCUGCGCUUGGAUUGCCCACCAACUUUGACCAUCAGAGCGACGGCUACCCUGCAUACUGCAUUGUGUCAUAG